UCUGAUUUGACUAUAAAAAAAAGUUAAUAAAGCGAUAUUUUCCAAUGCUCCAAAUCACAAGCAAACGCCCAUGGCGAAAAGACUUAAAGAAGCAACAACGGAAGCGCAGACGGCGGAAAGCUGCUGUGGCGCGUGACUUGCGUGUGGAAGAAGAUGAAGCCAGCAAACUCAAAGAUCCGGCCUACCAAUUAUGGCUACAACAACAGUCUCAACUUGAGGAGGAACAGCUCCGCGCAGCUGAAAAGCGUCAUGCAGAAGAAGAGGAAACGUGGUUGAGGCGCGACUUGCUCGCUCAACGUGAAUUCCGGCUAAAGCAACAGCAACGCGAAGCAGCGGAAGCCGCAGAAAGAGCUAAACGUAAACAACAAGCAGAGGAGCUGGCUGCAAAGGAAGCCGAACAACGACGACGCCGCGAGGAACGUGAACGUAGCGAAGCGGCAGCAGCUGCGGAGUUUGAGCAAAUGUUGCAAUGUACGGAAAAGUUCCUUAACACUGAUGGUCCAGCACCUGCAGAGCUGAGACGUGUGGUAGAGUCACGUCCCGGUCAGAAUUUGUGUAUUCUCUAUGAUCGUACAAAUUGUUGCCGCUUUGGGCCGUCAUGUGCGAAUAAUCAUCGUAGACCGUUGCUUUCCAACAUAAUUGUUGUGCGUCACUUCUUUAUGCAUCCUCUGUUGGAACAGGAAGAGCACAAAGAAUACGCAACCGCUGAUGGUGGUUUGGAGUUAAGUGAGCAGGACUUGCGCGAAGCGUAUGUAGAAUUCUUUGAUGAUGUAAUACCAGAAUUGCAGGGAUUUGGUUAUUUACGAAAUUUCCGUACUGUGCGUAAUGUGCUGCGGCACUUGCGUGGACAUGUGUUCGUCGAGUACUUGGAGGAGAGAUCUGCUUUAAAAGCUUUUAUAAAGCUACAAGGUCGCUUUUAUGCCGGCAGGCAACUAAAUGUAGAAUUUUCAAGCAUUCAAAAUUGGCGGGGCGCUAUUUGUGGCUUAUCGCACGCGCACAAAUGUCCUAAGGGUGAUAAAUGUAAUUAUUUACACUUAUUCAAAAACCCUGGUAAUAAGUACAACACGCCUUUGGUGGCCAAGAAAACACCAAGUGGUAGGGUGCAAGUAGCCACGCCCCUAAUAAGCUGGAACAUGGUGACAGCGAAUGAUGUGAAACACAAUUCACGCAACUGGCGUUGGUCCGAGAGUCCUGAAAUUGAAGUUGCAGCAACGAGAUUGGAUCCAGAAAAGACUGAGAAAAAAGUUAGCAAAAGCGAUGAUUGCCGUAGACAUAAAAAUGAUGAUAAACUAAAAAAUUCCACCCACACCCAAACAAAAAACGAAGAUGUCGAUGGUAAAUCAAAGCGUAAACGCAAAAAACACAAACAUGAGCGCGACAAGUCUCAUAAAAAGCACAAAAGAAAACGUUCGCGCAGCUCAAAGCAUUCUGAAAAGCAUCAAGACCGCCAAAAUGAUUCCAGAACUAGUGACAAUAAGCACAGUAAAAGCAAAUAUGAUCACACUACGCGCUCUUGUACACCCAGCGCUAAGAGUGAUGAUGGUCGACAGAGCAAAUCAGCUGGAAGUGAAAGUAGUCGUUCAGCUAGACAGGAUGAUGACAAGGGACAGCAUAAGAAUGGCAGCGACAAAUGCGAGCAUUCAACUGCUGAGGAGAGGCAUACAAAGCGAAAAUACCAUAAAUCUAGUAGCUCAGAUAGCUUUACUCCAAAGAAAGAUAAAAGCAUUGACAGCAACAGAAGUCGGAGCAAAGAAAGUCCCGAGCGGAGAAACGCGGCGUCGAAGUGUUAACAGUGGUUUAUUUUGAAAUAUCUUCGGUGAUGCUACCUCUGGUGCCUAUGUCAAUUAUUACCUCUGGUGCUUAAAGGAUCUGUCAUCAGCACUCCGGUGCAGAUCAAAGCACAUCUAAGGCGCCAAUGGUAAUAAUUGACUUUUGACGUUUUGCAGUAUCACCGACGAUAUUCUGCAUGCACUAAAUAUUUUCAAUAAAAACAUACAGUGUUAAAAGUUUUCAUAGUUAAAAAAUAUGUUUUCAAGUUAUUUUACACCUAAAGUAUGUAUAAAAGUAAACUAUUUUGUUAUAGCUUUUUUGAACUCUUCUAGUUUGCAAAAGUUUUGAUUUGCCCCCGAUGAAUAUCGUUUAGGCCUGUCUAUAGUCCUUCUGGUUUAGAAAAUGACUUACAUACGUCCCUGGCUGAGCCUGGUCUUUGAGGAACAUGAGAUAGGGAGUAUGCCCGCCUUGAAGCAAGUGCCUGCAGGCUUGGAGUCAAUGUCUGUCAUGCUUUAAAGGAUUUGGAGCAACCCUUCUAGAAGUUUUCGUUCUGAUACAGGCAACACUUAAUGGGGUUCACUGAUCUAAACGAGCGUAGAUCUUUAAAACAACAUGUCUUGGAUUUGCCGAAUAAAUUUGGUGCGUAGAAGCGAUUGUUUUAGGAAUUAGGUCGAAAUUUUUGAUGUUAUCUGUAGCAGCUUGGUUGUAUUGGAAAAUCCGUAGUCUUAUUGCGACGAAAAAAUAGUGAAUGAGGCCAUAUAAAAUAUAAAUUCUCCCAAUAGAUGCCUGUUGGAAGUAGCACGUUUUUUGGAAGCGAUACAUUUUAGAUUAAGUAAGGUUAGGUAAGGUGAGGUUGUGGUUGUGGUGGCCUCAGACAAGGGAUGCACUUGGAUAUUUAAGAGAUAGUCCUUUGCGCUACCACGUCAACUGAACGGAUAUCAUUACCUAGUCGGUGGAAUUGCUCGUCCCCGCGGCUCGCUAAUCCACAUUAUGCUUUUACUUGAGUUCUACUGUCGAGACAGCGCAUACUUAAGUUACAAAAGCACCAUCACUUUUAACAAUAUUGUAAUUCAUACAUACUUACCCACUCCUCCUCAUAAUUCGUUAAGUUUUCUUUUUUCAAUAAACAAUUUUUUUUAUAAUUCUUAAAAAUUUUUUAAGAUUUUAAUGUUUAU